AUGCACCCAUCUAGAAUCUUAUUGAGCCAAGCCAGAAACGUUAAGCCAAAGAUCACUUACCCAGUGGAGAUGACUCCAUUGUUUGUUGUUGUUGGUGUUGCCAUCGCUUCAGGUUGCUUCUUCACCUACAGACACUUUACAUACGACAAGGAAUUGAGAUUGUGGAAGAACGCCAACUUGUCUGAAUUGGACCAAGUUUUGGACAAAGCUGAAAGAGAAAACAAGAAAUAA